GGCGGGCGGCGGGGCCGCAGCGGGCGCGGCGGGGGAACGAGAUGAGCAGCGCCGGCGCCGCUGCAAGAUGCUGGAUGGACACGUCCUGCUGGGAUGGCUCUCCUCCUGCGCGCUCCUAGGGCUGCUCGCCUGCGCCCCGCGGCCCUCCGCCGCCUACUUCGGGCUGACGGGGAACGAACCCCUGACCAUCCUCCCUCUGACCUCAGAAAUGGAGGAGGCGGCCGUCAAGGCCCACUACAAGGUGUGUGACCGCCUGAAGCUGGAGAAGAAGCAGCGCCGCAUGUGCCGGCGCGACCCCGGCGUGGCCGAGACCCUGAUGGAGGCCAUCAGCAUGAGCGCCCUGGAGUGCCAGUACCAGUUCCGCUUCGAGCGCUGGAACUGCACCCUCGAGGGCCGCUACCGCGCCAGCCUCCUCAAGAGAGGUUUUAAGGAGACAGCCUUCCUGUACGCCAUCUCCUCGGCGGGGCUGACCCACGCCAUGGCCAAGGCGUGCAGCGCGGGGCGCAUGGAGCGCUGCACCUGCGACGAGGCCCCCGACCUGGAGAACAGGGAGGCCUGGCAGUGGGGAGGCUGUGGGGACAACCUCAAGUACAGCAACAAGUUCGUCAAGGAGUUCCUGGGGAGGAAGCCCAACAAGGACCUGCGAGCCAGGGUGGACUUCCACAACAACCUGGUGGGCAUGAAGGUCAUCAAAGCCGGCGUGGAGACCACCUGCAAAUGCCACGGCGUGUCCGGAUCCUGCACCGUCCGAACGUGCUGGAGGCAGCUCUCCCCCUUCCACGAGAUCGGGAAGCAGCUGAAGCAGAAGUACGAGACCUCGCUCAAGGUGGGCAGCACCACCAACGAGGCCACGGGGGAAGGCGACAUUUCCCCCCCUAAAAAAUCCAUCCCCGGCCACAGUGAUCAAAUCCCAAGGACUACGGAUCUCGUCUACAUUGACGACUCCCCGAGCUUCUGCCUGAUGAGUCGGUAUUCCCCAGGGACCUCGGGACGGAAGUGUUACAAGGACAAGAACUGCGACAGCAUCUGCUGCGGCCGGGGCCACAACACGCAGAGCCGGGUGGUGACGCGCCCGUGCCAGUGCCAAGUGCGUUGGUGCUGCUACGUGGAGUGCAAGCAGUGCACCCAGAGAGAGGAGGUUUACACCUGCAAGGACUGACGCGACCUGCGGCUUCUGCUGCACGGCCACCCCCGGGGAUGGGCCAGCUUGGAGAACUGCCUAUGGAGACAAACAGGGUUUGAUUGACCUUCUGGCAUCUGGAAGCUAUGUUGAGACAUAAGCACUUUGUAGGGUACAGGUGACCCAGCUGUGUUGCUGUUUUGUUUUGGAGUUUUUUGUUUUGUUUUGUUUUGUUUAUCCUGUAGACUGAAUUUUCAUGAGGUCCAACCAUGUGGAAAUAAGUGCCUGUCACACUGGGGUUAGACACCAGUUGACCUUCACCUUUGUCGUCUACGUAGUUUGACGGAUCAUUUCUCCUUGGAACGUUGUUUCAGCCAUCCUCCAUGAACUCCUGGGCUAAGAGAUUCCCUUUGGCAUGAACGUCCUGUACUUCUUAAUUCCUGGAGCUCACCCAACUGCCUAGAGAGCUGAGCAGAUACAUAAGAUCUUUCUGCUUGGAGUGUGGUGGUGCCAGAAGCGGACAUUUAUUUCUCCUAAAACUGGAGAGGGAUUUGUAGGGAAUGAUGGGUUCUUCCAGUGGAGUUUCUGCACGUGGAGCAAACCAGGCUCUGACAGAGAGACUCACUGGGAGCAUCAGCUCUUUAAUGACAGCUCCGUAUCCACGUGCAUCGUCACCACGUACAGCUCGGAAACGUUGGGUCCACCACGCUGCAGACAGAAAUAGAUGCAAGGAAGAGGUUGGGAAGACAGCAGAACACCAGACGUGCCUGUCUCCUUCAGUCCAAUGCUGUUCUUUAUUUAAAACAAUUCACCCAAAUGCAGGCUCUUUAGCACUAUCGCUGUCUUAAAUUUAAUUUUUUUUUUUUUUUAAACCACUAGAUACUUUUGUUUCAUUUUCACUUCGCGCAUGAUUUCUUUUUCUCUCCUCUUCCCGCCUCUUGCUGAUGGAGGUCAACCUGUGGUAACUGCUUCAGAAAUCCCAACUGGAACUCGUUGAGUCUUACGCCAGCUGAAUUUGGACGUGUUUCUCUUGAGUAGGACAAGAGGAACCCGAGUGCCUCUUGGAACCCGGGGCUGUCUUGCCUUGUGGAGCAGCCGUUUUGGCCUGGAUCAGACCUCUGGAGGAGUUGACUUUUCUUUCCUAGGUCAUCAUUCCAUUUACUCUAAACCAUGGCAGUGGUACAUGACACAAGCUGUAUGUAAACCCUAUGACCUUAAGAUGAUUUUUUUUUUUUUUAACCACUAGAUCGAGAACUGUACUUUAAAAACACACCUGCUAAAUCCUAACAAACUCAUGGAUUUGGAAUAACCAAUCGGCACAGAGACAACAGACAGAAGCCAGAAAUUUGACUGCAGGGGUUGAUCGCUCCAACGCUGUGAAACACAUGACAACCUCCAGCAUUUCUUUUUCUCUUGGAAGAGGAGAUUUACAAUCCAGGACUUGGCGUGCCAAUAUUCUUCAUGUAAAAGUGGAUUGGAGGCUGCCAGCAAAUUGCCUGAAUGAAGCUUUCUAAGGAAAAAAAUGGGGAGCAGAGGGUGUUUUGUUUGAUUUUUGGUAGCAAUUUUUGAUUGUCCAGUAGUAGCAAUUUCCACCGAGUUUCUAUAAGCCAUUGAUCUGGUGUUCAAAAGAGGAGACUAUCAAGCAUUAGUAAAAAUUAGUUAAAAAAAAAAAAAAAGAGAGCAAUUUCCCCAGACAAACCUUUAUUUUUCAAAGUCUUUUUUUCCUUAUUUAAUUUUUUACCCCCCCAAUUGUAGCCACUAAUAUUUAAGCUGUUCAUAUGCAUAUACUGGGAAGAGAAAAGACAGAUUUGGGGUUUUCCUAGUUACAAAUGCCUGCAGUCCAGCCUGGCUCGUUGGCAUCAAAUCUUGAGGAGGGGGCAGGGGGAUGGACAGGGUGUUACUGUUUAAUAGCACCGUGGCUCUGCAGAGUGAAGCAAAAUGUCUCUUUUUUGGUGUUUCCUUAUUUGCUGUACAAUUCUGGAGGUCAGGAUAAUGCUGGAGAAGUGAAGGUGGAAUCCACAAGUAGAAUUCCCGCCUUCCACCCACCAAAGCACCAGGAAGGUCUCACAGCUUUUGGGAAAGUCACCCCUGAGCAGUUUAUCUAAUGGUUUAAAAAAAUAAAUUGCCUAGAAACCUAUUAUUCAGUGUGCAUAUAUAGAUAUAUAUGCACUCCUUGACACAUAAAUAUAUAUAUAUAUAUAAAUAUUGAACAUUUAUUUAUUGUAAAGCCCUUCAGAAGGACCUUCUUAUGGUUUCAAUGUGGUAUUAUGUUAAAUUCUCUUUCUCCCUCUGUCUCUCUCUCUCACACAUCUGUGCAAACUCACUGUUACAUUUUUGUGUGUUCUAGAAUAGCUCUUCCCCUUCAAAGUAAAGCCAGAUCCAAACCUGCUCAAAACAGGAACUUUGGGGUCUGAAUUACUAUUUCUGGCUCCAUUCUUUCUUUUUUUUUUUUUUCUUUAAAUCUAUUCUUAAUUAAAGGAUGGGCCGCAAUUUACGUGCAUUAUUAUUAUUAUUAUUAUUAUUAUUAAUUAUUAUUAUUAUUGUUAUAUUUAAACCAUGGGCCUCAUUUUCCUCCUUUUCACUGGUGUCUCUGUCUCCGUUGACCUCGCUGGAGUAACUCCACAUUGCACUGGUGUGAGAGGAGAAUGAGUCCCUAGAAGCAGAAGAGAGGGGAGUGUUGGCAUGGAUAUCCCGGCCAAAAAAAUGCUGGGAUGGGAUGGGAUGGGAUGGGGUAGGGAAGCUUGGUGUGUUCAGCAGUGUGGGAGAGAGAGAGAUGAGUGGGAAAUAAGGCAGAUUGUCCAAGCUUGUCUAGAAGAAAGCAGCAAAGAGUGAAUGAACUACUGAGUGAAAGAGCUCUUCUGUGUAUUAUAACUCACGCACUGAAGCCUGGAUGCUUUCUGUAAGUAUUUAAAAAAAAAAAAAAAA